AUGUGCUCCACUAAGGACGCAAAGAAUACUGAGAACAAAAAUGAUAAGAGCUCAACAAGUGUUCCUAGCAACAAAUUUGCAAAUUUAAAACCACAUGAUUAUUGUACGGGUCCGGGAUCAGUCACCACUGAACACAAAAACAACGACAAAGAAAAAGGGAAGCAGGAAAAGGAGAACAAAGAUGGAACCCCUCAUUCAAAUGCUUCUGCAGAAUCACGCUCUCCGCAAGUCAGCCAUCAUUCUGAGAAAUUCCCCUCUUUUGAUUCACCUUUACAUUUUCCAAGCCUGAGGCUGCCAGAUGACUUGUUAUCAAACACGUCAAGAAGAUCAUCAGAUUCCACAGCAUCAUCUUCUGUAUCCAGACUAAAACCUGUCCAGAUUUCCAAAGCUGCUUUGCACCCUUGUCAUAUAACGAAUAAACUGGACAGUAGAGACGGAACUCCGGGGGUUGAGUCGAGGGCAAACCCCUCAUCUGACUCCUCUACACCUCGAUUCAUCGUAUCCAAUAUGGUCGGGAAUGGUCGUGGAGGAGGCGGCCUACAUGGCGCUACCUCAAACGUUGUUCAAAAACUUCACUCCAGGAAAAGAUGGGACUGGAACAGCUUGCCAAACUCUGAUUCCUCUCUUUUAAUUAGAUCAGCCUCAGGAAACCAUAAUUUCAUUAAUAUUUGCAUAGACGGUGAAUUCAAACAAAUAAAGUACGAUCCGAAUCAUAAUGAGCUCUUUAAUAGAAUGGACCUUUUCCUAUCUUUUAAUAUGGAUUCUUCGCCAAAAGAUUCACUAAUUUUUGCUAAAAAAAGGUUGAAUUCAUACAUUGAAUUUUUAACAACAUACCUAAAGUCCAGAAAAUACGCAUUUGAGUGUUAUCCAUUUAACAUUGAAAGCAUCAUAAGCAUCGAAACUGAAGUUAAAUCUUUCCCGUCGUUUGACCCAUCAAAGGACUAUUCUGAGAUUGAAUCGCUUAUUCAAUUAUGGCUGGCCCAGGCCCAGAAGUUUUUAUUACAAUCAAACUCGUUUUUUUUUUCAUCUGAAGUGGUACAGGAAUUAAUCAAAAGGAAACCAACUACAAGGCAACAUUCCAAUCCUAUAAUCAGUUCGACCAGCAAUAAACUCAGUGAUCCCACAUUAUAUAUUCAACAACUAGAUAUAGAGCAAAACUCCCCGAGACCAGUAUUAUCGGAUCCAUUAGAUGAAAUUGACAUUUUGCUAAUAAGACCACUGCAUAAAACCCUGGCAGGUUGGCAGCUAGCUUACGACGAGCCAAGCUUAAACAUUGCGGACUUCCCAUUGGAUUUGUCUCCCUUGAUGGUUGACAAUGGCAACAAAGAUACUCAAAACAAGAGAACAGAUGACAAUAGUGACCUGCCUGAAGAUUUGACGAAUUUGCAGAAUUAUUUCCCCAGGAAAGGCUCCAAAGUAAAAAUUGUUUCCGAUGAGCGAGAAAUCAUUGAGUUAAACUCUUCCAACGCUUCAGAAUAUAUGUUUGAUUGCAUGAAUAGAAAAUUUUUUACUAAUGACGCAAAAGAGCGUAUUUUGAGAAACAACUUUAAUCAAGGCAUUGAUGAAGAUUACUCAAAUGAUCCAUUUGCUUCAACUAGAUCUUUAUCAUUACCAUCCUCAGCGGCAGAAAUAAGCAAGAGAAAGAAAAGUCCCGCCAAGGGCAACAAAAAAUCAGGGUUUGUUAAUUUUUUUAAGAGAAAACACUCCCAAUUCGCAUCGACUUCCCAUGCUACGAGUCCUUCAACUUCGCCUAACAUAUCUUCUUCUUCUUCCCCAAAGAUGCAACCACAAUCACACCUUCCUAGCAAUUUCCGGGCAGACAAAGUCCAUCAUACCAAGUCAACCAGUCAAACACUUCAGAACGAAUGGCUAGAAAACUUUUUUUGCCGAACCUUGAAUAACUAUAAAGAAAUUGAUUUGCCAACACAAUUUAUCCUGCCAAAGGAAAUCAAGAAUCCUUUGAAUUCACAGCCCCAAUCCCAAGGCGAGUCACUUAUAUCAUCACCAGCUUCUACUGAUACAGAAGACAUUGUUCCAAAUGAAGGAUUAGAUAGAGCAAAGAGUGCAGCCACCUACGGCAAAGAAUAUCUACAAUUAAGAUUACCAUUCGCUUCUGAUACUAUACCUGCCGUAAUAUGCCCUUGGGUUUGGACAAGUUUAAGUUAUUAUAAAUGGAAGGCUCUACUGAGGGAGAUAUACAGGUCAAUUAUUCCUGGCGGUUACGCUCUUGCAAUUGUUCCAGACUUAAGAAUAUCGAAUACCUACUAUAAUGCAAAUCCUGGCAAUGACGACACUAAUAAUGCUGGAGAUGAGUUUUUGACAACAAAAGAAAGAGAAAAGACAUUCGAUGCUAUGUCUAUUGAUGCAAUCAACAAAGRUCUUCACAUUCAUCCAACCAAGCACUUAACGAAAACAUUUAAAGACGUAGGGUUUACAGGGAUUAAAUCUUCAGUUCUAAGCUUAAAAACUGGUGACCUUAAAACAGAUAUGGGGUUUUUAAAUGAACUCAACUCAUUAAAUGCUUGGGAUCAUAUGUUAAGGAAGCAACUGCCAGAUAGUAGCACUCCUCCAAAAGAUACCGAUCCUUCCACUCUUUUUCAACGAUAUGUGGAAGAACAUAUGGGAAAAAUUGACAACAAUUCUGGUUGCUUCAGAACCUUAUACGUUGUGGCACAAAAACCAAAGCAGCCAUACACGAAGUAA